ACCCGCCCGAGGUCGGCAGGUACAUACAGGAACCGUGGGGCCGGAUCUGUGGGUCCCGUCCGCCGUGUCCACUGAGGCGAGACACUGGACCCCCCUACCGGAUCCUCAUAAAAUGUUAGAAGAAGUGACUUACACCCCACGUGCUAUCGCCUGACCGGACUCCCAACUACACGCAACCAUGUCUGAAGAAGAAGCCAAAGUCAUAUCCACCGAGCCCCUUCCCGCGAGCGAGGCGGUGUGGACAAAACUCGUAAAAAAGACAUAUAAGGACCCCAAUGGCGUAACACGAACAUGGGAGUCGGCUGAGCGAACCACCCGGCCGAAGGGCAGCGAUAUCGACGGUGUAGGCAUCGUCGCCAUCCUAGAGAAGGAGACAGGCCCCGAGAUCGUCCUCCAGAAGCAGUACCGCCCGCCGCUAGACAAAAUCGUCAUCGAACUACCCGCCGGGCUGAUCGACGAGGGGGAAACGGCGGAGCAGGCGGCCAUUCGGGAGCUCAAGGAGGAGACGGGCUACGUUUCCGAAGUUCUCGAAACAACGCCCGUGAUGUUUAACGACCCCGGCUUCUGCAACACCAACCUCCGCAUGGUUCACGUCACAGUCGACAUGAGCCUCCCCGCCAACCAGGACCUGAAGCCCGAGCUCGAAGAGAACGAGUUCAUCGAGGUGUUCCUCGUGAAGCUGGCCGACCUGUGGGAGGAAUGCAUCAAACUUGAAGCUAAAGGCUACGCCAUCGACGCCCGGAUAGCCAACCUCGCCGAGGGCAUGGAGAUAGCCAAAAAGUUCAAGCUUUAAGGGCAGGCCAGGCGUCCCACCACAACGAGUAGAUGCGCGCGUUAAGUU